GCCUAACAUUGGUUAACAUUUGUGUUGACAGGAUCUGAAAGGGCGAUAUGAUGCUAUGGUGGAUUUGGAGUGUGAGGGAGAAGUUAUGGAAAAAGGAGGAACAUUCAGUGGGAUGUUCAAAAGAUCCUCUAAACCAGCAGAACACUCAGUACCUGUGCAGGAUAAUAUGUCUGUAAACACUGAGCUCUCAGCCAGCAACGUCAGCCUCAACAACAACACUAAGGAGAAAGGAGGGAUGUUCAAAGGAAUUUUAAAGAAGUCUCCCAAGCCUUCCCAAGAUGUAACACAUGCUCAGGAUCAUUUGUCAACAGACAGUGAGCUUUCAUCCAGGCGAGGCAGCGAUGACAGUCUCAUUGUCAACAUCAACACUAAGGAGAAGGGGGGAGUGUUCAGUGGAAUGUUUAGAAAAUCCCCCAAGCCCCUGGGGGAUAGGACACAUUCUCAGGGUAAUCUGGAUGACCUAUCUACUCACAGUGAUCUCUCAGCCAGCACUGCCAGUCUCUCGGAAAAGACCUCGAAGGAUAAGGAAAGGGAUGAAGACCUAUCAUGCUCUAGGGAGAAACUCACCUUUUCUGACAAACACUUUGAAGCCAAGCAGGGUGGCAUAAUGGGGAAGAUGUUCAGGAAUCCAUUUAACUCCUCAACUCAGGAUAAGGAGAGGACUGAAGACACAUCAAGAUCAAGGGACAAACUAAUGUCAUCUGAUAAACAUUCCAAUGCCAAAGAUGUCAAAAGCAAUCUUAUCCAGAGAGAUAGGAAGGAAGGAACUGAAAUGCCAGCAGUUGCUCCUAGACUCACUGAAGAGGAGCUGAAGGGUACAGCCUUACAUGACCGACUGAAGAAGAGAGAGAUGGGCGACAAUCAGGCUAACAGGAAUAUGAUCCAGAGAGAGAGGACAGAGAGAACUGCUGAAACUCCUGAGGUUUCUCCCAGACCUACAGAAGAGGAGAUUAACAUACCAGCCAGACUUGGUCAGCAAAAAAAUCAAAAAGACAAUCAGGACCAAUCUGAUGAUCUUAAAGAGGGUGAAUCUCUCCUCACUGGGGAAAAGGAGGAGGGAGAAGACAAGGAUGGAGAGGCCAAGAUGAAAAAACCUAGGCGACACAAUCCGUUCAUGCCACGCGGUGCAGGAGGCAAGGGUAAAGCCAUGCCGAAGAAGGUUGAAACCCAGCCGGGAGCUACAGGCAGUGACUCAAAAGAGAAUGACGGUGGAAAUAAAUCUUUAUUCGACCAAUUGGAGGAAUUCCGUGUUAAUCCGGCAGAGCCAGAGGAGCAGCAGGAUAUGGAUGGCCUGAUGGACUGGUGGGGCACAGUGGAGCAGUGGGAAGACAUGCCUCAAGAUGAUGACUUGACUGAAAAAGAGGAGGCCAAGGCGUUUGCAGUGACAGCUGAGAAGGUGCAGAAAGGUAUCCGUGUGUUCAACAAGCUGUUCUCAGAGCGUGCAGAGAGCCUGUGGCAGCACGUCAUUGACCUGAACAGCAUCGCAGAUGCCCUCGACUGCUUCAACAAGAAGACCAAGAUCGCCCAAAUCACUGGCGGCUCCACCAGCGCUGUAGGAGGCGUGUGUACCAUUGUAGGCCUCGCCCUGGCCCCUGUCACCAUGGGAACCUCCCUGAUCAUCACAGCAGUGGGACUGAGCGUGGCCACAGCGGGCGGCCUGACCUCAGCCGGAGCUGGACUCUCCAACACGGUCAACAACUCCAUGGACCGUAAGAAGGUGGAGGCCAUCGUGACGGACUACCAGACGAAGAUGACCGACAUCAACAAGUGCAUGCUGUUCAUCAAGCAAGGGAUUGAGAGCCUGCGCAGGUUCGAUCUGCUGAAGAUGAAGAAGCACGCGUACAACCGUGACUUCCCGGGCCUCAACAACAUCUACGAGGACGGUGCCAUGGCCGGGAAGGCCAUCCUCAUCAACGCCAACGAGAUCAUGCGUGUGGUGCAGAUAGCCAACGUGGCGGGCAGCACCGCGGCCAGAGCUGUCCAGAUUGCCAGCAUGGCCACCGGAGUGCUCACCGGCCUCUUUGUGGGCAUGGACAUCUACUUUGUGGCUAAGGACUCCAAGGAGCUGAAGAAGGGAGCCAAGUCAGAGUUUGCAGCCAAGAUCAGGGAGGUGGCGACCCAGCUGCAUGAUGGACUGGUGGAACUUAAUGGCAUACGGGUUGAGCUGCAGUCCACAGAUCCAGACAACACCAAUGGCACCAACACCCCAGACAGUACCAAUAAUCAGAAAAAGUUGGACAGUGAUGAUGGCACAGACAAUUAUAAAACUUCUGACAGCAAAAGCAUUGUUGAUAACAGCAAUACUGCAGAUAACAGCCAUAAGACCAGCAAAGCCUAAACUGUACUUCAUUCCAACCCAUCUCUACAACUACACAAACUAUCCUGUCAGCAUUAAAACGACUCGAAGCCGGAACUCUGAUUUGUAUGUCUCUCUUUGAUGGCACAAGCACCAAUGCCUGAAACGUUUUUGUUUGACAUAGACUGCGCAUAGGCAGGUGAAAAGAUGACAUCACCAGUCACCACUGGCUAGGGUGAAUAAUUAUUAUUAAAACUCUCUGUAAUAUCUGGGGAAAUUAUAUGUUGUACGACAAGCCCAUGUCCACAUUUUGUAAUUGUAGAUGUGUGCAUUGAGCCUGUCUUGACAACAUUAUCUACAGUACUUUAUGAAACGUAAGGGUUGUGAGCUAAAGCAAUUUGUUCGUGGAGGCAGGAAACUGUUCAGAGAUGCAAAUUAUGAAAUGAGGUUACAAAAUGUUAAAAAUACAUUCUCAGACACAUUAUUGAAGUUUAGAUUACUCAUAGGCUAUGUAUUUACAGUAUGAAGGGUAUGGGUUUAGUCACUAUUUGAUUCCUAAGACUAUUGCUUGUUACAUUGCUUUGUUUUAUUUUUAGGUUGGUAGAGGAAUAUUAGUUCAUAUUGAAACAUUCAGGUUUUUAUCAAGUCUAAUUUGUAUUUUAGAUUAGGAUUGUAUGUUCUAUUACUGUUGAGUGCCUUCCUCAUUUAUAUGAUGCCUUUCAAGCACUUUAGGAUUAUUCUAUUUCCGUCUCGGGUUAAAACUAUAAUUUUGAUGUCAUGGAUGGUCAGUCCUUGCAUCUUUUGUUGUAAUUUUUCAUUGGCCAACUUUAGUAGUUUUUUUGUAUUUAUUUAAAGAUAUAUGAAAUGUAAUAAGUUGCCAAUAAACAUACAGUUCUUUGAAUUCCAUGAA